GGGCGAACGCUCUUCCGCUCGCAGGUUUUUUUCAGUGUCAUUUUAAGUUGCAGCUUCCGGCCAAUCCGCGGGCUCGCUGCCGCUGACGUCACGAGCAGCCAGUUCCCUCCAGCUGCGGAGAGCUCCAGUUUGUCUUUUUUUAAAAACUAAAAUGGAGGCCGGCCUCUCGCCGUGAGGAGCGCGCGCCCUUCCCGCGGGAGCCUCGAUGUUGACAUGUAACAGGGCGGGCAGCGGGAUGGUGGUGGAUGCGGCCGGCUCCAACGGGCCCUUCCCGCCCGUGGCCCUCGUCCACAUUCGAGAUGUUCCUCCUGCGGAUCAAGAGAAGCUUUUUAUCCAGAAGUUACGUCAAUGUUGUGUCCUCUUUGACUUUGUUUCUGACCCACUGAGUGACCUGAAGUGGAAGGAAGUAAAACGAGCUGCAUUAAGUGAGAUGGUAGAAUAUAUCACCCACAAUCGGAAUGUGAUCACAGAGCCCAUUUAUCCAGAGGUCGUCCACAUGUUUGCAGUUAACAUGUUCCGAACCUUGCCACCCUCCUCCAAUCCUACGGGAGCAGAAUUUGACCCAGAGGAAGAUGAACCAACGCUAGAAGCAGCCUGGCCUCAUCUGCAGCUUGUUUACGAGUUUUUCUUAAGAUUUUUAGAGUCUCCAGAUUUCCAGCCUAAUAUAGCAAAGAAGUACAUUGAUCAGAAAUUUGUGUUGCAGCUUCUAGAGCUCUUUGACAGCGAGGAUCCUCGGGAGAGAGAUUUUUUAAAAACCACUCUUCAUAGAAUCUAUGGGAAAUUCUUAGGCCUGCGAGCUUACAUCAGGAAGCAGAUAAAUAAUAUAUUUUAUAGGUUUAUUUAUGAGACGGAGCAUCACAAUGGCAUAGCAGAACUACUGGAAAUACUGGGAAGUAUCAUUAAUGGAUUCGCCUUACCACUAAAAGAAGAGCACAAGAUUUUCUUACUGAAGGUGUUACUGCCCUUGCACAAAGUGAAGUCUCUGAGUGUCUACCAUCCCCAGCUGGCGUACUGUGUCGUGCAGUUUUUAGAGAAGGACAGCACCCUCACUGAACCAGUGGUAAUGGCACUGCUCAAAUACUGGCCAAAGACUCACAGUCCAAAAGAAGUAAUGUUCCUAAAUGAACUAGAAGAGAUUUUAGAUGUGAUUGAGCCGUCAGAAUUUGUGAAGAUCAUGGAGCCUCUUUUCCGACAGUUAGCCAAAUGUGUCUCCAGCCCUCACUUCCAGGUGGCAGAGCGGGCACUGUAUUACUGGAAUAAUGAAUACAUUAUGAGUUUAAUCAGUGAUAACGCAGCAAAGAUUCUGCCCAUCAUGUUCCCAUCCUUGUACCGCAACUCAAAGACCCAUUGGAACAAGACAAUACACGGCUUGAUAUACAAUGCCCUGAAACUCUUCAUGGAGAUGAACCAAAAACUCUUCGAUGACUGCACCCAGCAGUUCAAAGCAGAGAAACUGAGAGAGAAGCUAAAAGUGAAAGAGCGAGAAGAAGCGUGGGUUAAGAUAGAAAAUCUAGCCAAAGCCAACCCCCAGUAUGCAGUGUAUAGUCAAGCCAGCAUCAUGAGCAUUCCGGUUGCAAUGGAGACAGAUGGGCCUCAGUUUGAAGAUGUGCAGAUGCUGAGAAAGACAGUGAGCGACGAGGCUCGUCAGGCACAGAAAGAUCUGAAGAAGGACCGUCCUCUUGCGCGCCGCAAGUCCGAGCUGCCUCAGGACCCCCACACCAAGAAGGCCUUGGAAGCUCACCGCAGAGCUGACGAGCUGGUGUCCCAGGACGGGCGCUAGCCUCGAGCACCGUGGAGCCGGGCCUGCCAGCCCUCCUGGAUGCUGUAGGAAACCCAUACUGUUUGUGCCAUACCAGUCAGUUACACUCGAAGUCCAAGCUCCCUUCGGCCCCGUUCUGUAGGCAAUAACCCACGUCCGCCUCAGCUCAGCUCGAGAUUAGGAGUUCAAACAAUGGUGGCUUCUCUGGCCCCGCUGGCCAAGCCACUGGUUGACAACAGUGCCUUCAGUGUUGUCGCCAGCCCAGCAUGGCCCUAAGUGAGACUGUGCCCCCGAGUCAGGGCUGUAGGAAAGCACCCUGGUCGUCAUCUCCGCGUCCCACCCAGUGGAACCUGUGGUCCUCUAAAAUAGGUGGUUCUGUGGUAAUACCAAUGAUUUUCAAAUCUAAGGACACUUUUAAAAGUAUUUCCUAUUUCUCUGAGACUUUACAGCCUUUGAAGUUGUCUCCACACGGUUGCCGCACCAGCAGCUUCCGUCUGCUGCUCAGAUCUCCCAGAAUGGCCGUUUGGCCUCACCCUGGCGGCCUGCCGGGAAGGGACCACCACCCCCAGCCCUGGCACCCGGCGUCUCCUCCCUUUGAUGAGUGGCACUCACGCCACGCCCUGCUUCUCUCCUGUCCACCGAAAGCCAUACUCCCUAGUCUGCGGUAGCGCCCAGGGUUCCAAAGUAAGCUCAGAGGAGGAGGUUGAUGAAAAGCACUUUCUCAGUCCACCUUGACUGGAAUUGGGAUUUUUAAAUUAUGUCUUCAUAUUUUUAUUGACAGAAUCGGUUUUUUCAUCUACUUACACAUUGCUAUCCUUCAGGAAGGCUCUUGACUCAAAAUUAUAGCGCCUAAGAAUUCUGUAUUUGUGGAAAGUUACAAUGCAUUAAGCCACUUGGCCCAAUGCAAACCGCAGCUACCUUUGGGCAUAAAGUACCAAACAGCGCUGCAGGCGUUGGGCCAGGGCACCGCUCGUGCUGUGAGGAAGCAGCAGAGAGGGCUGGUGAGCCUUUCUCUGUGUGGGGAGAGCACGUGUCAACCUCAUGAGGAAAGUGCAGUGACUGCGUUUUAUCUUCAAAUGCUGCUAUGUGUCCCCAGACUUCUUGCAUGGACUCGGCUUUUGUUUUAGGUGGAAUAGCACAAGGAGAAAUCCCUACGCUUAGUGCUUUGUCUCCUUUAGUCUCUCAGGGUGGCCAGUAUUUGGACUUACUUAUCCUGCUUGAAAGCUACUUGAGACGUGUACUGCUAUUCUGAACAGUGACUAGUUUCUUUUGUCUCUGACAUAUAUAUAACUUGAUGUUUAAAUGUCUUGACGCAUAAGAGGUAAAAUGUGGCUUCUUUGCAGAUCUGUUUUUAAUCGUGGUCUUGGGUAUUCAUGAAAAGAUUGUGAAAUCAGACAUUGCUCCUAUGCUGCCACAGAGCCCCACUGCCCGGGGUUUCCUUAGAUCCACUGACGCCCCUCACUCCUUGUGUCGGGGAGGAAAGGCAUCUCCAGGGAUCAGCCAGCCAGCGGGAGCAGUAAAUGGAAAAGUGGCCCCAGCUGAAGGUGGACAGGUUGGUCCUUGGUGAGAAGUACACUUCCUGAGAAACUUGACAAGUAUCUAUCCAUUUUACCAUUGUGACAUCUAUAAUUAAAAGAGUUGAGAUGCCUUCUCCUUUGGAGGGAAAGGGUGCUUUUAUUGUACACAGCAGCGUCUAUGUAUUUUGAUAUACCAUGGUUUGAACUCUCGUCUUUAGCUGAUAGAUUCUCAGAUAAUCCCUGAUGUGGGGUGUCCUGUGUGUGGUGAGAGGUUCUGGGAGACUCCUUUACCUGGGUGGAAAGCAAGCUGUCAGUGUCCGAGUGACUGUGUGAAGCUCAGCGUGUCGGGACAUCUUCUGGCCCAGGUUUUGUCUCUGCCCUUUACUGAAGACAAACAUUCACCAAUAAGGGGGUUGGAGGGGAGGUGGAGACAGUUUUGAGAGAAACUAAUUUUCUUUGACAAGAGUAUUACUUAAUAUUUUGGCCUAUUAAAGUUUCCCUAGUUAGUACUCGGAUUCCUUGUGCUAAUUGUUCAACUUACAUAUUAUUAUAUAGAUAACUGUUUAUUCUGUACCAAACGGAUUUCAAAAGUACCACAUUGAAAAUAAACUGGUGACUGUUUUUCUUCAUAAAGCUCUGCGUUUGGCACCUUCACUCUUUCCAAAAUGUGUCUGUGCACCAGAAAUGUCACAGUUCAAGUGUCUUUUCAGUGUGGCUUUCGUAUGGCUCCCUUUUAAUAUUGUACAUACAUUGUAUCUUUGUUUUAUGGUAAUAAGUAAUAAAAAUGUAGACUUCAUAAUUUUGUACAAAAUGUCCUAUGUACAGAAUAAAAAAAAGUUCAUAGAAACAGCAAAAUAGGUAAGUGGCACAAUUAUUUUUCUUUAGAAAAUAUCUGUAACUUUAUGCUUUAGUGAAAUGUUAAGUACCAACAUAUUUUUUAACAUUUUGUAAUUCAAAAUUUUUUGUUUUGACAUUGUUUAUGAAGAAAGACUUCAUACACUUGCCAUUUAAUAUGCUCUUUUAUCUAAUUUUAAAGAACUCUUUAAAAUGGUGUAUUAUAUGGACUAAAUAAAGAACAUGUGAAUUUUA